CUCCUGCCCCUUAAAGGGGCUGGGGAUUUUAAGCAAGCACCUCGUGUAGCGUUUGGCUCUCUCGUUCGCCCCCGCCUCUCAUACCUUCUAAGUCAAAGUGAGACGCGGGGUCCAGAAGUCUGGGAAAGCUGUAAGUCUGACUGCCUCCUUGGCAGGUAGUAGUGAGUUCUUGGUUUCUGGAGGUUUUUAAGCAAGGACUGGAAUUUGGCAGUGGUGUAGUAUAAGCACUUCCUAAGCUGUAUCUACUGUACUAGAUAAGCCCUUAAAAAAAAUCGUUGUAGCCCUGAAAAGCAUAAUGGUGCAGUAGAAGUUGUCUGGAGAACAUCCACCUUCAGUACAGAGCAGUCCGGCACUUUCAACUUAAAACUAAAAACGGAAAGAGUGGGCCAGUUUUCAGUAUCUGUGGCGUGAGGAUCACUGAAAUAAACCUGCAGACGUUUCACCUGGGCCGGGCAAGCAGUCUGUACUACCUGGUUCUCACGCUCUAGAUUUUUAUCCUCUAGAGCUCUUUGAGUACACGCCCCCUCCGCUACAAAGACAGUUGCGGUUCCUAAUGAAAGCACUUCCUUGUUGGCACUCAUAAACAAGAAAAUUUUGUCAAAUCUCCGUAGAAACGGUAGUUUGGGCCUGGAAACCCCAGGAGUACGUGUAGUUUUGCCACUUCUUAAGGACCUGGGGAGGACUCCAUUUCCCAAGAACUUGAUGGUGGUGAAGUGCUGGUUGUAAUUUAGAAAGACUGCCCUUCAGUGUUUUAAAAACACCGCUUGGCGUUGGCCUAAGAGCUGAGAGCCGGUCCGACGGGCUGGGAAGCCAUGGAAGCUGCUGGGAAAGAGGAAAUCAGUGUUGAAGAUGAAGCUGUGGAUAAAAACAUUUUCAAAGACUGCAGCAAGAUUGCUUUCUACAGGCGUCAGAAACAGCAGCUCUCCACAAAGUCCACCUAUCAGGCAUUACUAGACUCCGCCACAAAAGGCAAAGACAGCACCAAGUUCCAAAUCCUCAAUGAAGCAACUAAGCCUGUUUACAAGUUUUCACUAGAGACUACACUUCUAGCAGCAUCUCCAAGGAUGCAGGCAUAUCUCUGAGCACCUCCAUGAAGUUACCCCUUGCCUUUGCAUCUAAGCCGGAUGAAAAUGGGAUUUCACCCAGCCAGCCACAUCCUCAGCAGAUGAGGAAGAACUACAACUUGUUCGCCAGUACUGUUUCUGCAGAAGUGGCUGUGAACAGGCAGCUAAUUUGGGAAUAAUAAACCAACUGGCUGCAACAGUGGAAGGAGCAGUUAGUGUCAUACAGCACUUUAAUGAACUCUUAGACAAUCCUCUGGAUGCUGGAGGUCUUUUUUAUUUUUAUUUUUUUUUUCAGAGAAAGAGAGGAGUGGGGCUCACCUGAAGUGGGGUUCGAGCUCACCCGAUGUGGUACUCGCUCUCACGAACCUUGAGAUCAUGACCUGAGCCGAAGUCAGAUGCUUAACAACUGAGCCACCCAAGUACCCUGAAUUCUGGGAGGUCUUGAUCAACAACUGGGAGAGGUUGUUGUUCACUCUCGUAGGCCUUUUAGAUUAACUGUUCUUUAGAGUAUAGAGAAGACACCUGGUACCAGAGGAGAGGCAAGAUCUAUAUCCAUCAAGAAGAAGUUGAUGGAGUCAUAAUUUCCAUUCCUAAUACCCACUGCCAUUUAAAUAUGUGUUCUAUGGCAACAUGUUUAGUUUCCUUUACUAGCAGGUUUUGCUGUUCUGUUAACUCAGUCACAAUCUCUACUAGUUGUGAUUCCCAGUUGUGGGUAAAUAACAGGUUUUGUCUUAAUAUAAUUGUGAUCAGUCCACUACUUGAGUACAAAGACAGGGCUAUUCCUAGCACCAUAGUUUUUACAACCUGGUGGUAUUUUUAUCCCUGUGGCCAAACAAAACAAAACAAAAACAACUACAUAAAACUAGACUUAUGGAUGACAGACUAGCAGGUUUUGUUUUUACUAAGCAUAGAAUAAAUAGGAUAGGAAAAGAGGAUUUGUACUCUUUCCCAGACUAUGAGAAGUGAGUCUCUGAAUAAAGGUUUAUGAAAAACCAAAUAGAAGCUUGUAGUGCUAAAAGGAACCUCUAAAUGUACUCCUUUCUCUCAGGAUUUAUCUCAUGUUCUCUGUGUAGGUGGACAUUUGCACAUCUUAACUACUUUUAAGGAGCAAAAUCCAUGCUGUCUCAUUAUUUAAAAUGCUUAAUUAUAUAUUUCUUCACCUAUUUUGCAGUAAUCCAUCUUGCUGCAAUUUGAGUGUAACUGUUAGUGUAUUCUGAGUAUUAACACGCACUCCUAGUUUAAGCAAUCUAGCUUCUGUAAGUUAACAUACUUUUUCAUUGUAAUUUCCAAUCCUAAUAGGAAGAAGAGAUUCAAUAAUUAUUUGUGUAUUACUUUUUCACCAAUGUCCAAGCAGAAGAAGAGAGGAAUGUAUACAAAUUCUUAAUGUAUUAGAUAGAAGAACAUAACAUUCAUGUCCCCACUUUUUGACACAGCAAGGUUUUGGUGGGAGAACUGAAAAAUAACUGGCAAUUGAGAAACCCAGAGAAGUGGUUUUUAAACUGUCAACCACAGAGCCCAGGUUUCCAUGGAGUUGUCUCAAAGUUCAGUUCAGGGAGGGGCUCAAAGGCAGGGGCACUGAGUCUCCCCACUGUCUUUAACCCAAGUAGCUUUAUUUAUUGCACUAUUAAAAAUCUGCUGCUAUUAAAAAAUUUUUUUAAGUCAAUAAAAACAGCAUGAGCCAGAUCAUAGAAGCAAAGCAUACUAAUGUCUAAGGAGAUUAUAUGCUUGGACCAUGAGAGCUAUGGUGGUAAUAGUAGGAGGUUUGAAUGAAUCUGAAUACCUUGAAAAGGAUUACCUAUUGGAAAAAACCACUUGCUUAAUUGAGCUAAAAUGAAAACAAAAUGGAGCUUUGACUCUGAUUCAUAUGUUUGGUUGUAUAAGGUCAUUAGAAUAAAAGCAGGGUUAUUAUCUGCCUCCUCAUAUAAUUAGGAUUCUUUCUGAGCUGCAGCCUCAAGAACAGAACAUGCAGACCAGUCUUUGGUUUAAAAAAAAAAAUUGUUUUUAAAGACAGUUAUUUCACUAUAACUGGGAAGAUCUCUGAGUGCAUAAACUAGGUGCAAUUUGUUCAUCAUAUGUAGGCAACCUGUGUGCCCUCUGCUUAGGAUGUGCUUGCUCAUUCUGCCUACCCAGAGACCAGCUAAUCUCUGAAGGUCCUGCUCCCCCAGAGACAGCCCAGAACCCCUUUCCUUACAGUCAUCACUAAUAUUCUCUCUCCUUGUUCUCCCACAGCACUGUCCUUGUCCUUCCAUCUCAGCACCUAUAAAAUGCUUUAUGUUUACUAUGUGUUUUAUCUGUAAAUUGCAGUCUUCCUCUAAGAGUUUAGUCAUCUUUUUCACAGCACAUCACAAUAUUAGAUGCCAAAUAAAUGUUAAAUUUGAGAGAACAAUGGAAAUGUAUGUCUCGCUUCGGAGACAAUACAUAAUCUAACAGAAUUUCAGCUUUAUUUGUAUUUGGACACAUUUUUAAAUCUUAGAAUUCUGAUGGCACACUUGAAGUAAUUAAAUUUACAAAAGAAUGUUAAACAUACAAUGAAUAAUUACAGUAUGAUUGAGGCAGGGGAAGGGCAAUGUUGGUCAAAGAGUAUAAACUUCCAGCUAAACAAAAUGAGUAAGAUCUAAGGAUUCUAUUGUACAGCAUAGUGACUAUAACUGAUAAUACUCUGUUAUAUACUUGAAUGUUGCUCAGAGAGUAGAUCUUAAAUGUUCUCAUCACAAAAAGGAAAUGGUAAUUAUGUGAUAUGAUGCAGUUGUUAGCUAAUGCUAUGGUGGUAAUCAUUUUGCAAUAUAUAAGUAUCAAAUCAAUAUGAUGUACACCUUAAAUUUGUACAUUAUGUCAAUUUUAUUUAAAUAAAGCUAGAAAAAAUAAUUACACUGCUACUCUACUAUAAUCCUACUUUAUUUUUUAAAAUUUUUUAUGACAUUCAUUUUUGAGCAACAAAGAGCACACGAGCAGGGAGGGGCAGAGAGAGAGGGAGACAUAGAAUCCGAAGCAGGUUCCAGGCUCCAAGCUGUCAGCACAGAGCCCAACAUGGGGCUCAGACUCAUGGACCGUGAGAUCAUGACCUGAGCUGAAGUCAGACGAUCAACUGACUGAGCCACCCAGGCACCCCUACUAUAACCCUACUUUAAGAAUUAUCUGUAAAAGGAGCCAGAGCCACUGCACUAUUUACGUGGUCACUCUUUUAAGUGUCGGGUCACUACGUAAGUGCCCUGACUACUUUUCUACAUUGCCAAAGAGGCAAAGUUCCAAUAAUAUCAUUAUUUUAAUGCUGUGAUGUUCUCCCUGCUUCCAAUUUUACUUGUACCACAUUGACCCUGUUCUACACUAUGUCACACAGCCUGCCCUCCUUAGCCUUUGAUUUAACAGAUGUUACAGUAACAGUACAUGUACCCAGUUGUAACCAGAAUCUGGCAUCACAUGAAGGAUUUAAUGAAGGAUUUGCUAUCAACCACUGCGGCAUGGCACAGCAAUUGAAAACUGUCAAAAUAUUUUUCUGAUCAAGCUUUUUGGGAAAGAUUGUGGCUCUGUGUUGGAGUCGCUUGCUCUCACUCAGGAUUCCAAAUAAUAUGAUCUGGGGAAAGAGGAGGGGCUUCACCUAACAUUGGCAGUUGAUACUUUAUGCUUUGGGGAACUUUAUUUGGCGGGAACUGUUUGUAAAGUGAAUGAUAAGUGCUAUUUUUGUAAGAUAAGCAUGCAGGUUUGGAAGCUUGGGCACAUUUGACCCAUUUUAAAAACUGCCAUUUAGAGUAAAUCAAAGGGGAACAAUAGGUUAGAAAAGCAAAUUCUCAGGCAUAGCCCUAGACCCAUACCUUGAGAAUCAGUAGAAUAAUAGAAUGUUCUGUAGGACAGGUGCCCAUUGAAAUUUCUAAGGAAUCACAGAAGGCAUUGGAAAUGGGCAGGUCCAUUAAAAUUCCCAAAGACUCCAGAAUGCCUAUGAGAAGAAAACUUGUCAUAACAAAAACUGAGAUACUACUUGGCCUUUUCUACCAUUCUCAAGUAAACUGGAUUUUUAAACUACAUAACUAAAUGGGAAACAGAAGCCCAUGAGAUCCUAGAAGUAUUUUUUAUUAAAGAUCAAUGUCUGUUUCUAAUGGACUUCUAAAUUAUAAUAAAGAUGACUUCAUAUUAAAAAAUACAUAUUUCUCUGAUCUACAUGCUUCAUUUUGUAACCUAAAUCUGGCCAUUUCUAUUUUCUUGGGGUUCGUUGUUGUUUUGUAUUUUAUUUCUCAAAUAUUGUAGUCUAAAUAAUUCUAUGUUGCUUCCAUGUCACACUAUGGGCAAAAUUUUACUUAACUUCCCCUGCCUCUUAAGAAAGCUGAGAACAUCCCAACCUCUAGAGAAAAUUCCCCAGGCCCUAUUCCCAGGUGUACAGGAAGUGCCUUGAUUAAAAUCAAGCAGCAAGCCUCAGGCAUCUAUCCUAAGGAACCCCAAUGACCAUUAUUUUAUUCUCUAUUCCUUUCCAUUCUGUGGUUGGUUAUCCUUCAUCUUUUAUUCAGCUGGAAUCCAGUUACCCUAGUUUUAAUACCAAACCCUUACUCUAAGACACCUGCAGUUUAUCAUAGAUAAAGUGGCCGCAUGUCCCAGUUUUCCAAAAACAGUUUCAGCUCAUGCCUAUCAUUCAGUGUAAUUAUUAAUAGAGAUCUCUCAUUUUUAAAGGUCCUGGUCUGGACAAUUAUAGGUUUGCCUUGCCAUAGAACACAUAGAAUGAAGGGCACCUGGGUGGCUCAGUCAGUUAAGCAUCCAACUUCAGCUCAGGUCAUGAUCUCACGGUUUCGUGAGUUCGAGUCCCACGACGGGCUCUGUGCUGACAGCUCUGAGCCUGGAGUCUGCUUCGGAUUCUGUGUCUCAGUCUCUCUCUGCCCCUCCCCCACUUGUGCUCUUUCUCUCAAAAAUAAAUAAAUGUAAAAAAAAAUUUUUUUAAGAACACAUAUAAUGUGUUUUUUGCUGUACCACAAGUGUAGCCAAACAAGUAAAUACAAAGAUUGGGGAGCUAUUUCCUUCAUGAUUCCCAUUGUCUCCAGUUUACUUGGCCUAUAAUAAUUCAAACGUAGUUUCUAAUUAUUGUAAUUUGACUCAAGAACUGGCCAUCACUGGUGUAAUAACCUGUUAAAACUAAUCUCGUGUCUGU